UUCCGUGAGGAGAGACGUGCCGACAUUAGGAUCCCGGACUUAGGAGUUAGGAACCAUGGGGCUGGAGAAACGAACCAUCAAGAUCAUUAUUAUAGUUGCUGUUGUGGUCCUUGUUAUUGGUGGUAUUAUCGGAUUGCUGCUUGGCCUGCUACUACCACAGCGUUAUGUUGAGCUGGAGGUCUGGCCUCGGUCCGAGGAGUACAACUGGGAGCAGCCUCUUAUCCAGGUGCGGGGCAACGACCCCGGCAGCUGGCAUGUCUGGUACCGGCGACUCAACGACUUCCUCAGGGUUUACGAGACUUCGAUCCCCGAGGAACCCCCUCGAGCUCCGUGCUCGGUUCACAACCGACGCGAUCAGCACCUUCGCUCCGACCCCUGUGACAUGGCUAUGAGACUCUGGCACCCCUGCACCGCUGAUGACUUCUACGGAUACGCCAUGGGGAAGCCUUGUGUCUUUCUUAGAUUGUCUCAUAUCCACUACUGGGUACCAGAGCCCUAUAACAUCACGACUCCGCUGGCCAUACCUCCUGACAUGCCACAGCACAUACGAGAAGCAAUGCGUCAUCGCCCUGCCAACCAAUACGGUGACUUCGUGUGGGUAUCCUGUGGAGGAGAGUUCAGCGCUGACAAAGAGAAUAUAGGGCCCAUCCAGUACAUCCCUGCCGAGUACCCACCAGGGUUCCCCCUCAGCAGGCUUCACACUGCUGACCGGAUUCCCUACUCCGCCAGGAACCUCCCCGACCAGGUCCCCGGGCCUCUGAUCGCUGUGCAUUUCGAAAACCCACGACGUGGAGUGGUGAUCAACGUGGAAUGUCGUAUUUGGACCCGAGAUAUUUUCUACGAUCCUAAGAGCCGUUACGGACGCGCGCGUUUCGAAUUAUUUGUCGAAUAAACUGGCAACCCUGGUUGCAUGCAAACUUUUUGUUUUUGUUAGGAUUUUCAGUUCAUUUCGAUCUCAUUAUUAUAGUACUUUUAAAUCUUACUUUAGAAUUUUCAUAAAAAGUAGACUACCUACCUAAUUAUGGUCCUAACAGACUCACAGGCUGUUUUAGGUUUAAAAUUGUAUUUUCUACUAACUUUUUUUAAGAAUGAACUACAUUAUGAUAUUUAUAAUACAUAC